CAGCCAUGACUGUGCUGUACCAGUGAGGGGGGAAACCUGGGAGGAACAAGGAUGGGCUCUGCGGAAGGAGGAGCUGCAGUGUAAGCUGUCCUGUGAUUGGUCAGCCGUGCCUUCUGCCUGCCUGCAAAACCUUGUCUAAUUGGUUGAUUUCCUUUGCAAUGAGCACAGCAGCUGCAGUUGUGAAGACUCAGACCUUCUCUCCUUGCCCUCUCUCUCCUCUCUCUCUUUCCUCCUUCUCCUCCGACUUUUUCCCUCCACAUCAAUAACUGCCUGGGAAUCAUCUGUGUUCGCCACAUGUACCAGCCUGUGCCACUUCAAGGACAGAGCGUUCCGUCAAUAUUGCGGCGGGGAUUUAUGUCAACGGGACAACAAGCAAGGACACCCAGGAGACCAGUCAGUGAGGAGGAUAAGAAGAGAAGGCACAGCAGGAAGGAUGAGAAGGAGACUGAAGUAAAAGGAGGAAGUGGAACUUGUGAAGUGCCUACUGCACACGGUUGUCUGCCGGCGUCUGUGUUUUGCUGGAUGAAGGCAGGACAGAGUCCACUGUGUGUUUGGCCUUGAAUCGAGGUGAUAUUUUACCCUGACAGCCACAGAGUCAUCCAUCCUGUGCUGCUGAGCUGCAGUCCCCACAUCGCCUGAGCCUCUACAACCGCCUCGUCACAUGAGUGUGAUGAAAGCAUCCCUAUAAGGCUCUGCUGGUUUGUUCCACAGAAACCUUCCUUUCCAGGCUGUUUAUAAACACAACUAGCUCUGUAGAGGCUGCCACAGCCUGGGCCAUGUUGACGUGACUAUAACAUUGACGUACCAUGGGUGUCCUUUGAUUCAGACGUAAGGACGGCAUGCUCAACAACAUAUCCAAGCAGUCCAGAAUGAUAUCCUCAAAGUAGUUUCUUUUUUCUGCUGGUUUUUUUUUUCUCCAGUUGAGUCAGAGCUGGCCUCUGCUCACGGCCAAGGCCCUCCAUGUCACCCCAGUGAAACCUCAGCUGCCACAUUUCCCAGGAAAAACCAACAGACACCCCCCACAAUACGUUGAUCAGGAGGACUGACUGCUUAUUUGUGCAGAGAAAACACUAUUUUUGCCUCCGUUUCCAGUAUUUUUCCGCUCUUGCGUUAUCGUUAGUCACCUUCACACGGCUCAGACACUUUUCCAUCUGUCUGGCUCCACCACUGUUCCCUGUUGUAUCUCUUAUGGCUGUCAGCAUGACCAUGGGACGCGACACCAAAUGGCUGACCCUGGAAGUGUGUCGGGAGUUUCAGAGAGGUACCUGCUCCAGGUCCGACACCGAGUGUAAGUUUGCACACCCGUCCCGAAGCUGCCAUGUGGAGAACGGCCGAGUCAUUGCCUGCUUUGACUCACUGAAGGGCCGCUGCACACGUGAGAACUGCAAAUACCUGCACCCACCUCCACACCUGAAAACCCAGCUGGAGAUCAACGGGAGGAACAACUUGAUCCAGCAGAAGGCUGCGGCAGCCAUGUUGGCCCAACAGAUGCAGUUCAUGCUGCCAGGAGCACAGCUGCAACCCAUAACCACAUUUCCGGUUACACACUCCCUGGCAACCAGUCCCAGUAUGUCGUUCAGUCCCUAUCUGAGCCACAUGGGCCCAGGCAUGGGCCUGAUGCCUGAACUGCUGCCCAGCGCUCCCCUUCUGGUUCCUGGGAGUCCCUCAGGCCUGGCAGCCAUGGGCAACGGCACCUCUGCACAAAAACAUGUGCGCGCAGACAAGCUGGAGGUUUGUCGGGAAUUCCAACGUGGUAACUGCACAAGAGGAGAGAACGAUUGCCGCUACGCUCACCCCCUGGAGGCAGGGAUGGUGGACUGCAACGAGAACUCGGUCAUCGUCUGCAUGGAUUACAUCAAGGGCCGCUGUAGCAGAGACAAGUGCAAAUAUUUUCAUCCCCCUGCUCACCUGCAGGCCCGGAUCAAGGCUGCACAGCACCAAGCCAGUCAGAACACAAUCACCAACACAGGCCUGGCUCUGCCACCAGGGGUCAUGCAGCCGCUACCAAAGAGGUCGAUCUUAGAGAAGAGCAACAACGGAGCUGCGUCUGCUGUCUUUAACCCCAAUGUGUUUCACUACCAGCAGGCUCUGGCCAACAUGCAGCUGCAGCCUACAGCCUUUAUUCCCACCGUAGAGUCGUCAGAGCUUUUGACGUCUGACCCAGUGGAGCUCCAGUGUGUUCCCAUGGAAACCCAUUUCUGUCCUGUGCCCAAACUGCUGGUGGCGGCUCCAGUGGCACUAAACUCAGUAAGCCUUUCCCGAAACACCAGUUUAAGUCCCUAAAACCUGACAGUAGGGCGGCCAUCUUUCUGAAUGCAGCAAACAUGUGCCUCACCCACACUGCACACACACUGACUGAGUGGCCAAGUCAAACAUCAUCAUGUAGAAGCAGCAAAAAAAAAAAAAGAAAAAGAAAAAAUCUGCGAUGGUUCAGGCAAUACAGCAGCCAUACUGAUGGAUUCUGACUUGACCAGGCCGAGCAACGGAGCUCCGUCAUACAGCCAUACAUGCUCACACCUUAAAGGUACAGCAGACAACACACACACACACACACACACACACACACACACACACACACAUAGGACUAAAGCCCUUUAUAAGUUGGAGCCAUCACGUUAGGUGAUCCAAUGAAAAUUGGAAAAUAAAAUGUUAGCGUUGGACCGUUAGAGUCCUUAAGAAGUUAAGAGUGUUUCAUGUCCUGUUGUAUUUAUGUUUAAAGAAAGCAAAAAAAAUUAACAUUUGUGUGAAACCAUUUUGUUUGUUCUAAUUUCCCCACAUGACCCGAUGUCACGUCAGUCACUCAUUAUUAGUUUUUUGUGUGUGCCUUUGAUUUAUCAGCUCAGCUGCAGAGGAGACUCAUGUUCCAAAAGUAAUCCAAAUUUUUUAACUUCACUGAAAGAAUCCCACAACCCCAGGAUAUUACUAACUGAAAAUAGAGAGUUUGACGGCAGGUUGGGUAAAUGUAUGAUAUCAGGAGAUGAGUGGAGAGAUUUUGACAUGCGGUUGUUGAUGUUCUGAAGUAUAGACACAAACUGCAGAAAAAGUCGUUUUGAAUAAGAUGUGUUAGCUCCUGACUGCUGAGUACUGAUUGUCUAAUUGCUGCAAAAUGUACUUUGCAUCAGAACCUGAACUGAACAGUAAUUGUUUCUGUGUGUGUGUGUGUGUGUGUGUGUGGUGUUUUUUUUUUUUUUAUGUGACCUUACAACAGUAAACCUUGGUUCCCCCUACAGUCCAAGUUACCAGAACUCUAACCCAGGGAUGGGCAUUUCUAGAAAAUAUUAUUCUGGAUGAAUCAAUCUUAAAUUCAUUAUAAUAUACAUUUUUAUAACAAAAUGUAUUUUUAUGGCUCAGACUCAAACCCCACUCCAAGUUUUAGCUUGGUUUUAUCAAGUUACCUGUUCAGGUCAGACAUCUCUGCUCAUGUUGGUUGUUCUACUUUUAACUGGAUCAGAACGACCACUGUGGACUCUGUGUUAGUCUUUUCUGCAGUGCAGCAGCUAGUGCUCUACUGCCCCCAUGUGGCAACAUGACAGAUCACGUGAGCCAGCGGUAUUGAGGUUCACUUCUGAUGCUGCUCACUAUUGGAAACAUCAGCUAAACAUCUAACACAGUAAGGAAUGUUGACCAUGAAGAUGAGCUGCUGCAAGUCUGCUGAACUUCACAAAGACUUACGAUGUAAUGUGGUUGUCAGUAAUUUUCUAAAAAAAAAGUACAAUUUGGGAUUUUCUCUCACAACUAUCUCCUGGGUUUACAGAGAAUGGUAUGGUGUGAUUGGUCUAGUUGUCCACAUUAGGUGUGUAGAUGUGUAUCUCUGAAUGCAAAACAAGUUGAACCUUGAAGUAGAAGCAAAACAAAGCAGCUGAAUUGAUGGCAGUUAGUUGUCCUGAAGUCACAGACUGAUUGACUUGAUUGAACCAGUCGACUGUUUGACCAGUUAUGCCCAUCCCUUCUCAAAGCCGACUACUAAUGAGAGUCAAACAUAGACCCGCAGACCCUUAGUUGGUCCAUUUGAAACCUUUAAGUCUGAUGUCAGGUGGAAGCUUGACUCAUUUCCUGAUGUUGUGCCUCGUCUUUGUGCCAAGUGGUACUUUAUGCAAGGAGCUGCCCCAGUUUUAAUGCAAUACCAGAAAAAUGCCCCCCAUCCUCACCCCCGUCUCUCUAAUGCAGACAUGUAUUUUUCAAAGAUUCUUGUGUUAUUAUCUCCUUUUACAUUGAAUGAGUGGCACAAGGUUUUCUGUUCCGCGCCUCUUCAGGGAGAAAGAUUAAAACUUGAAAAUGUCCUGUCUGAAUUUAGAAUUGUGACGUCUUUUCUACGAAUGUGACGUGUUUGUCUCAAGUCGCCAGACUCUAAAUAUGACGGAGUGACAGUUUCCAGACAGUUGGUAAAAGUCAGUGAGAAAGAGUAGAAAUCAUGUUUGAUGACAAAUGAUGAAGAAAAGCGACAAAGCAAGUUGGAUUCUGAUUUUUUAAAAUUCUGUAAAGAAUUACAGGCAUUUAAACUUUGGGCUGAAAAUAACUAAACUCCAAAUUCAAAUGUGCCUCCUUCAAGUCUCCUCAGACCUCUGCUGUCAAUACACUGUAAGAACAGACUAGUGGUCAAAGAUAGGUGUGUUUAUUUGGUGCAUAAUCACAGUAAUAAAUUAUAUCUGUACUUGUUUUUCUCUCUCUCUCUCUGAGACAGCUGUGCUGUCUCCAUAUUAAUGUAAAAUUAAUGAAUCUGUGUGUCGUGUGUGUAAUUAACUGUGUUGAAAGAGACGACGAAUCACAUGUUUGUAAAUGCUGCAGAUAUAACAACAUUGUCCCACUGAACAUUACCGUUACUUUGAUAAAUGUCAACGUGUCGUGAAUGUAACUAAUGCAAAAACUCAACACGUGCCGCUCUUAAAGACAGGCAUGCUGAAAUGUAAGAAGUCACUAUAAAUAGGCUGUUUCUUAGGUCACUAAGGUUCCACACUGAUACUGUGUUAAGACAUAUUCAAGUAUGUGUAUUGUUCUAUAGAUUAUAUUCAGUGUCAGUGACUGAUGUGACUACUUUUAGAAAUAUCUUAUCUCUCUGAGACAAAGUAGAGCUGAGUUAUACUUGUACUUCCAAGUACAAGUGUGUAUCAUACAGAUACAUUUCUGUGCCUGUUGUAUCUCCCGACAGUCACUUUUUGUUCCCCGACACCCGAUAUAACCCAACGGCCCACGAUGCAUCUAUAAACAACGAUAAAAUUAUCGGGCGACAUUGAAAUCAGCUCGAUCCUCUCUACGUAUUUGUUUUGUUAUUAUGGUUAGCUGUGCUGUGGUCUUUCUACUGUGAUGUCAUACUCACUUGUUGGGGUGAACUACAUUAGAAAGUUUUAACAGAGCAGUAAAUGGAAGUACACACUACAGUGAACUUCUACUUUCCCUAUCUACUCCCACUAUUUCCACAAAAUAAUGCAGAUCAUUGUUUUUUUAUGAUUCCUGCCAAGAUGGCUGACUCACAGUGAACUAAGAUGCACAAGAGGGUGUUGUCAGGGGGUAAGUGUAGUGAGACAUGUAAAACCAAAUACCCUUUGUUUUCAUUUUUUCUUUUUUUUUAGGUGUUUUUGUUGUCUCUCUGUAUGUAAACACAUCCGAUCUCUCUGUUCAACCUGUGGAUGAUUGAUUCAGCAUCCGUUUGUUUGUUUUUAAAAUAUCACCUUGUCUCUCAAUUAUUUGUAAAAAAAAAAAAAAAAAAAAAUUGUGUAAUUAAAUGACAUAGGGUUUAAAUCUGAAUCCAACCGAGAAAAUUACAGCAUGGAAAUGAAAUAAUAUAGAAUUCCGUGAUGGUUAGCAAAAAAAAAAACAAAUGAAUGAUUUAGGCAACAGAAAAGACAAUAUGGCUCUCUUUGAUAUAAUAAU